AUGCGGGGACAGGGAGUGGCGAAAGAGAAAGCAAGUAGAGAGUAUCAGACUGCCACAGGAAGCUGGUUGAAUGUAGAGCAGCUCGCUGGGAUUGACUUCAGGGUGGGAAAGAAAGUCAGCCUCUCGAAGGGUUCCCUACUCAGAAUUUGGCCUGGAGAUAACACGGAAAGCUCGGGCGCGUGGCCUGAAAGCUCCGUUCCGCCUGGGCCACUUCUGAAACCUCGACUGCAUCCUCCGUCUUGUUCGUCGGCAAUGACGGCGAAUUACUGA